UAACUGGCCUUGUAGCCUUUGAUAUAUAUUAUACAUGGACAAUUAUGGCAAGCAAAAAAAUCGCUUGCCCUAGUUGCAGGCAAUGGGUUCAAAUGACGCUGUAUGGCACACAGCACCGAUGCGUCUGCGGUCAUGUACUCACGACUCGCAGUGCUGCUGCAGAAACACAACGAGAAACUAGUGUUCGUGGUCGUGGAGAUCACAAAGGUGAGCGUCAUAGCUUCCGGAGAUGUCAAAUUGGUACAGGGACAGGGACAGGGACGCUGAUGUCGUUGCCCUCCUCCCGCUCGGAGGAGCCAGUACCCAGUGGAUCUCAACCAAACAAGCGUGCACUUCUUUGCGGGGUGACAUACAAGCAACAUAAAUACAAGCUCAAAGGCACUUAUAAUGAUGUGAAAAACAUGGAAAACUUGCUGACUAAGACCUUCCGUUUUCCUGCCAACUGCAUACGCAUACUUUCAGAAGAUGAUCCGCGUGACCUAGAGCGGAUUCCUACAAAGAAAAAUAUAGAAAAUUCCUUGAAAUGGCUUGUGGAAGGAUGCCAGCGGGGAGACUCGUUGGUGUUUUACUUCUCGGGGCAUGGCUUACGACAGCCUGAUUUCAAAGACGAUGAGCUUGAUGGGUUCGACGAGACCAUUUGCCCUGUUGAUUUUAUGGAAGAGGGAAUGAUCCUUGACAAUGAUAUUAAUGAAACCAUUGUUUGGCCACUCGAGGAGGGUGUCACACUUCAUGCUAUCGUUGAUGCUUGUCACAGUGGAACGAUUCUUGAUCUGGAGCACGUGUACAACCCUAAACUGAAUGCUUGGAAGGAUAAUAUUCCUCCAUCUCGUGCUAGAAAAAGUACAAAGGGUGGGUUAGCGAUUUCUCUUAGUGCUUGCGAAGAUGAUAAAAUGGCAAUUGAUACUACUGUAAGUGAUCCCUCUAUUAUUGUGUUUAAGGAAAAUAUGAUGAAAAGCCAACUUCUGAAUGUUUCCAAGUUGAAGCUAGAUGUUAGUUGGUAAGGAGGGAAAGAAAACCUAUCCCUUCUUAUCUCCACAAAAUGAUGGCAUUGGAAGGCAUACGUUUUCUUUAAUAAGGCCUUUCUAAACCGUUCAAUAAAAAUACAAUAACAACAAAAAGCCGGUAUU